GAGUCACGCAGCCUGCAACAUGAGCGCUGUCACACCCUUCCCCUCCAGAGGACCUGGGCAAGCUUCCCAGUCUGUGGAGCAUGCGACAGACAGCACGCUCUACGGCGAGAACAAGGGUUCCAUUUGCUGUUCACACACGAAACCGAGGGGAAGCUGUGCUCCCUAAUUUUACACGUUUAACAACAUUUGAGAAACGGGACUCAGGUCACCAAGAUGAAAGCCCUCAUCUUUGUAGCUGCUGGAGUCAUGCUUCUGUCGCCCACUUUUUGUCAAAGCGGCAUGGCAAAUGAUGUACACAACUUGGCAAAACCAACCUUACCUAUUAAGACCUUCCGUGGGGUUCCCCCAAAUUCUUUUGAAGAAUUCCCCCUUUCUGCCAUAGAAGGCUGGACAGGAACUACCACAACUGUAAAAAUUAACUGCCCAGAAGAAAGGGUUUCAAAUCUCCACGUGAAUAAUGCUACCAUGGGGUACCUGAGCAGCUCCUUAAGUACCAAACUGAUCCCAGCCGUCUACAUCCUGGUGUUUGUAGUAGGUGUGCCAGCCAAUGCGGUGACCCUGUGGAUGCUCCUCUUCAGGACCAGAUCCAUCUGUAUGAACAUCUUCUACACCAACCUGGCCAUGGCAGACUUUCUUUUUUGCAUCACACUGCCCUUUAAGAUAGCUUACCACCUCAAUGGGAACAACUGGGUAUUUGGAGAGGUGAUGUGCCGGGCCACCACAGUCAUCUUCUAUGGCAACAUGUACUGCUCCAUUCUGCUCCUCGCCUGCAUUAGUAUCAGCCGCUACCUAGCCAUUGUCCAUCCUUUCACAUACCGAGGUCUGCCCAAGCGUACCUACACCUUGCUGACAUGUGGACUGGUGUGGGCAACGGUUUUCUUAUACAUGCUGCCAUUCUUCAUCCUGAAGCAGGAAUAUUACCUUGUCCAGCAGGACAUCACCACUUGCCAUGAUGUCCACAACACAUGCGAGUCCUCAUCACCCUUCCAACUCUACUACUUCAUAUCCUUGGCAUUCUUUGGAUUCUUAAUUCCCUUUGUGGUCAUUAUCUACUGCUACACAGCCAUCAUUCGGACGCUUAAUGCAUAUGAUCACAGAUGGUUGUGGUAUGUUAAGGCCAGUCUCCUCAUUCUUUUGAUUUUUACCAUUUGCUUUGCUCCAAGCAAUAUUAUACUCAUUAUUCACCACGCUAACUACUACUACAACAAUACUGAUGGCUUAUAUUUUGUCUAUCUCAUAGCUUUGUGCCUUGGGAGCCUGAAUAGUUGCCUAGAUCCACUCCUUUAUUUUCUUAUGUCAAAAAUCAUAGAUCACUCCACUGUUUACCUUACAAUGGUGAAAUCACCUUAGAGAACAAGGAACGCCAUCUGUGAAAACACACCUUCUUGGGACGAUAUAUGCCGAGUGCAAAGGGUUCUACCCUCUAACUCCAUUCUUGAGCUCCUAAGAAAUACUGCCUCAAAAUAAAACACUACAAAAGCACUUUUUUAUUUUAAUACUUUUUCAGGAUUUUAAGAGUGUCAGUGCAAAAGAAAAGAUAUCAUCAUCUUUAGGGCAACUGACACACUUGCCUGAUGGUACUUCAAGACCUUUAAUUCUCCAUCUUCCCUACUUCCAGUAGGUUUCAACCCUACAGGUCCUGGAGGAGGAGGUGGGACAAGGGCGAAGCACAGGGAGAAGCUAAGAUCUCAGUUUUCAGUGUUUGGCGUCAUUUUUGAUUCGUCUUCCUUCUCCAACUCUCACACAGGUGGUGCCUCAUCAGCUCACUCGAAGUGAUUUUUAUCACUAGGGGCCACUACCUUAGUCCCACAUUUGCCUUCUAACCAUUCUUUUCACUGCCAGCCUAUUCUAUUUCACUGGCCAUUGCCAGAUUAAUCUUCCUCAGAUCAUAUUGGACACAUCACUCAAAAAAUCCCAGCUCACACAGAGUCAAUGAUUGUUCACUGUUUUGCAAUAAGUUAUAAAUCUUUAGCCUGACAUUCAGAGAUAAUUUUCCAACUUUACUUCCCAAUAAACCUUGCCUGCAAAGUAGGCACCAGCCAAGCUUCUUGAUUUGCUAUAAUCUUGACUUCUCCUUUUUGCUCUUGCUUCUCUAACUGUAAAGCUGUUUUUAACAUGUUUGCCUUAAUUCUUUCCAUCUCUUAAAGUCUUCAAUGGACCAUUCUUCUGAUUCUCAAGCUAGAAGUUCAUUUUUCUCAUCUCCCUUUCUUGUAUUUUUGACAUUUAUAUACAAAUAUUAAUUUCAUAAAUACUUAUUAAACACCCUGUAUAGUAAAGAAGGGGCUACUCCUCUCCCUUCUUUAGUUUCCUGUAGACCCAAGCCUUCUCAGGGUUUGUGGGGCCCAGAUCUAUGCUCUGUAUAACAUGUUGCUGAGUGAAUGAAUAAAAUCUCAAAGCAGCAA